AUGACAGACAUCUCAGGUCUGGCGUUUGUUCGAGUCGCUUUGUUUGUUCUUGGAUCUCUCCUCUGCACAAACGGAGCAACAGUACUCUGGUCCAGCUCAGCCACGUCAGGGAAGUUAAGAUGGUCAGAUGCGUCAAAUUGGAUCAACAAUAAAAUUCCUGGACCUGGAGAUAGCAGUCAAAUUGCAGUGUCUGGUUCCUACACUGUCCUGGUUGACAAAGAUGUGGUGAUUAACAGUCUUGUAAUUGGUUAUGGAACUUCAAGUAUCCAAUUAACGAUUGACUCUGGUGUAACUUUCAACGUCACUGGAUCAAUGGUCAUUAUGUGUCCUACUGUAACAGUUCUUGGUCAUUUGGUUGUGGAUAAUCUUCAGUGGUCUGGCAAGUACUUGGAUGGGAGUACUAGUGUUGGAUCAUCUUUGACAAAUGGCCAGGUGACUGUAUCCUCAUUGUUUCUUGUUGAACGCGGUUUGUAUGAUCAAAAGUAUCUAAGGGAUGUUACUGUUACCAACAAGAAUAAUUUGACAAUCGACACAUCAAUGGACAGUAGUAGUCGCUAUUUGUAUUGCCAGUAUUGUCGAGUAAUAAAUGAGAAGAAUGCCACCAUUCUGUCCAAUGGGGUUAGGAUGAACUUGAAUGGUCGGCCUUCACAGUCGGAUGAUGAUGGAUUUGGUGCUGGAAUUAUCAACCAAGGUCAUCUCAUCAUCACAUCUAGCAGGUCAUCCUCAUACAGAUACUGGUACUGGGACAUUCGUAACUCAGGAACCGUAAAAGUGUUGUCAGGGUAUUAUGGAACCAGUUCCUACGUUUACUUCUACAAUCGGAUAAUCAAUAAUGGAUUAUUUCAAGUGUACAUGAGUUACGUUUACUUUCAGAGCAAUUCAUGGCUUCAGCCUUCCAAUGGUUCAUGGGAGAUCUACGGUUUUCCAUUUCGUUACCAGAAUGCACCCAGACCACAGGGAGAGGGAUAUCAGUGGCAAUGGAAAGAGUACCUACAUGAUGUUUACCAGAAUAAAAGUGCAGAUCUAUGGGAUCCAAAUUAUAUCCCAAGUAUAUAUCUUCAAUACAUGACAAGUGGACGGGAUCUACACUUCAACAAACUGACAAUGUUUGGGCGUGUCUUAUUUCGAACAAAUAGUAUACGAGCAACGACUAUCUAUUUCUCAAGUGGCUUUCAUCUUGGAAAACUAGGAGAGAUGCAGUUGCAACGGUACUCAUCAAGUUCUAACAACAACAAUGACAACAAUAAACUUGUAAUCGGUAAAUCAGGAUCAGGAGACUUUGAUGUGAACUUGGCAACUAUUGGAAGUGGAUGGAGUGUAGAGAUAGGUUCUGGAAGUCGAGUGACUACAUACAGACGACUUGUUGUCCAAGAAGGAGCACGUUUUCUUGUUGAGCCAGGAUCCGGCAAUGUGGAUUUCAUGAAGUAUGUCGUUGUCAAGAGUACAGGGAGUUUGAUGGUCUUUGGUCGUAGCAACACUACAAUCAACGGUAUUAUAUUUGUUCAAGGGAUGUUAAACAUUUCAAAUAGUAAUGUCAAAGUCUCUAAUACUGGUGAAUUUCGGUUCACCCAAGGCUCAAUUGUUGGUAAAUCAUCACACUUGUAUGUCCACAAGCUUGCAAACAUCAGCGGAGAUUUCGGAAAAACAAUAGAUGGCGUUACAGUUCAUGUUGAAAAGUCAAAUGAAAUCACAAGUUAUGUGAUUGCAGAAUACUUUCAGUAUCGUUUAGAUACGGACCUUACAUCAAAACUCAAUGGCAUUUACUACUUUCCUGGCACUCAGAGUAAUGGUUACACCCUUCCACAAGAGUUUGACGAUCCUGCAACAGAACCUAACACUGUUCAAUUUUUGGAUAGUCUGGACCGAAAGAAUGAACAAUAUGGCAGUAGUCCCAUUGCUGUAACAUCGACAUUUGGUUGGUUUGACACCAGCUCUGUAUUGUCUUUUACAUACCGUUAUGCAUUCAGGUUGUGGACAUUGCUUCAGAUAGAUGACAAAGGAUUAUAUACAUUCUUUAUUGACAGUUCUUAUGGCAUGCGAGUUCGCCUGUGGCUGAAUGACACAGUUGUUUUUACUGGAACUCAGUACCGCUUCUUGAUCUCAGGAAAACAAAAAGCUGGAUCAUUUACCUUGCAGACAGGUCUCAAUCGACUUCGGCUGGAUGUUAUUCAAGAAAGCUCAUACUGGAGUACUCGAAAUGCACUGAUUGUGACAUAUUCUGGUCCAUCAUUCAGUGAGAGACCGAUCCCUAAAGAUAAGCUAUUCCUCAGGAGAACAUUUACAAAUGGUACAAUGCAGUUUGCCAAUCCAAAAUUCAAUACCUCCAAGUUUAUUUCCCCUGUUAGUACUUUGACAGUUGGAGGUAAAGGCCUCAUUUUUGCAAAGAAUGGAGUAUCUCUUACUAUUGGCAAAACUGGCAUUCUGGAAAUUGUUGAUGACAUAAUUUGGUUUUCUCAUUCAUCCUUUGGUUCUAAGUCCAAGAUAAUUAAUUUUGGUAAAGUAAUCAAAACUGGUGAUGAUGGUGUGGCCACCUUCUUCGCUGACUACAGCUCUAGGGGUGGAUCUCUGACAUCAUCUUAUGGUCUCUUGGAGUUCAAAGAUGCAACCAAAGAUGGUGGCCUGGCUCUUUGGAAUAAUCCUGCUGGUGGAAGCUGGUUUGAUGCCACCAACUGGGUUCCACCCAAAGUACCAUCUUCUGCUGACGUUGUCCACAUUACUUUGGAAGGGACAUUCCUUGUUAUUAUUCCUGGUCACAGCAAUGCUACCGUUCUAUCUCUAACUAUUGGCUCUGCUUCUAGCUUUCCCGAACUUGUUGUUGGUCAUUUUGGAAAAUUGACGGUCACUGACCGACUGGAUCUGUAUGCUAAAGUAACAACCAUCAAUGGAAUAGUAUUGGCACAGUAUGUUUCAUGGACUGGAGAGAGGAUUCGUGGUAGUACGUUUGCUGGUGAGAUCAUAGCAAAAGGCAAUAUUGCAAUUAUUAAAGGUGCAUAUAAUUCCAAGUAUCUGUCACAUGUAAAUAUCACUGCCUGGAAUGGCCUUACCAUUGAUUCAAGUUUGGACAGCAAUAACAACUACUUGUACUGUGAUAACUGCUUUGUCAUAAAUGAGGCAUCAUCUACUAUGCUGAUGAACACGAUGAGAUGGUCUGUGCAAAGUUAUGGGUCAACUGUGACAGAUGGGUUUCGUGUUGGUCUCAUUAAUCAUGGUUUGCUUGUCUUCGAACUUCAGUCCUAUGCAUAUUUUUACUGGGACAUUCUUAACUAUGGAGAGAUCAAGAUUGUUACCAAGAGAUAUCGAAGCUCUUAUACACUGUACAUGUAUGGAACUUUGAUCAAUAACAACUUGACCCAAGUAUAUGCAACUAACGUAGAGUUUCGAAACAGUAGACCUUUUCCCCAGACUAACAAUGGAAUGUGGAUUAUUCACGGGCAGCCAGUAAGAUAUCAGAACGCUCCCCCUCCUGUAGGGCAAAAUCAGCCAGGUGGCUGGAAAGAAUUCCUAGCCGAUCUUUACCAGAAUGCCUCAGAUCCAACCACUGCACUGUGGGAUCCUAGCUACAGAAUUUCCAUUUCCAUUCGCUAUACAUAUUUUUCAUCCAGUUCUCCUGGACGUUACAACUUCAAUAAACUCAUAGCUUAUGGUGUUGUUGAUUUGAGAACCUACAGUUGCCGAUACGUAAUACUUCAAUUCAAUCAAGGUUUGUACAUGGGAGAAUUAGGUAAACUAGACAUGCAAAGUACUUCUUCGUCUGAUUCCAGUUGGAAUGCAAUAGAAGUUGGUGAUAAUACUGGGAUGACAGUAGGAGAAGCUUACAUUCAGAGUGGUUGGAAUGUAACUAUUGGUCAAAAAUCAAUUGUCACAUUUUACCGUUAUGUGACAGUUUAUGAAAGGGGACGGCUUACAUCUUAUGAAGACUCAGAAUUAACAUUUCAUGACCAUGUAAUUGGUCGAUCUUCAUCUAUUUUUCAUUUCUCUGGUAGCACAGUGAUCUGUCUCUCUACGUUUUCUUCUGAAGGAUCUGUUGAGGUUGGAAAUGGAAGUUUAAGCAUUUAUGAUGGUUGGAGUCAGUCUGAAGGUCAGGUAACAGGAUCUGGAGGUACUAUUUACCUUUAUGGAGGUUGGAAUAUAACCGGUGACUAUGAUAAGACUCUGAAAGGCAUAAACCUUGUGCUUGAUUUACCUUCAGCUCAUUCUAAGACCAGGAAUGGUAUUAUUGCUGACUAUUUUCAGUAUCGUGUUGACACUGACAGAACAUCAAGACUUAAUGGUUUGUAUUAUUUUCCUGGUGAUCGUUCAUCAGGGUACACACUUCCAUCUUACUUUGAUAAUUCAUCAGCAAUACCCAAUGUUGAGAGGAUUGAGUCAACAAUUCAGCACUUUCCAAAACAGUAUGGUACAGGUCCACUUCAUGUUCAAAAAACUGGAGGCCCCCCAGACACUAAUGAUCCACGUUCGUUUACUUAUCGAUAUGCAGCAAGACUGUGGACUUUUCUUAAAAUAGAUGUAGCAGGCGAUUAUACUUUUUAUUUUGUACCUGGGUACAGCCUCAGAAUUCGUCUUUGGAUCGACGAUCAACUGCAAGAAACUGGGACUAGGCAAUAUUUGCCAUUCCCAUCGUUGGUUUUAUCUGGUCCAUACAAUCUAGCAAUUGGAUAUCGAAAGAUUCGUGUUGAUUAUUUGGUUGAGUCAAGCUACUGGACCUCAACUGGUAGUACUCUGCUAGUGUACUAUUCUGGACCAGGUUUCAACAAAAAGCUCAUUCCAUCUAACAAGCUAUUUUAUCAUGAUGGGUUAAACUACGUUAAGCCAUCUUAUUCUCUGCCUACCACAAACAAAGCUUCAUUUUCUGGAAAUGGACUCGUGUUAGCCCAGAAUGCUGUCAAUGUCACAAUAUGUAGCAAAUGUGAAUUUCGUGUUUUGGAAGAUGUUUUGUGGUAUUCAGACUUAGGCCUCGGAGGAGUGACCUCGUUUGUCAACUCUGGCUUGUUUGUGAGGACAGGUAUGCCUGGUACAGCUGUUAUCUAUGGCAAGUAUACUGGUAAAGCAGGAAGCUACCAAACAACAGUGACUGGUUUGCUUGAGUUUAGAGAUGCUGCUAUCGCUGGUGGAUUGGCUAUUUGGGUAAAUCCUAAUGGUGGCAGUUGGACUGAUCCCAAGAAUUGGAGUCCCCAGCGUGUCCCUCGUCCUGGGGAUGUUGUCCAUAUCACUCACCCUGGUACUUAUCAAGUACUCAUCCCAAGCUACAUGACAGUCAAUGUGACAUCAAUCUCAAUUGGCUCUGUGCGGAGCUCAGCUGAGUUGGUUAUUCAGCAAUCCAGCAAAGUUUACAUUCAAGACAGGAUUGGGGUGCAUGCACCACGGUUCACAGUCCAAGGUCUUUUAAAGACCAGCAGAUUGACUUGGACAGGACAGUAUCUUGCUGGGUCUAGCAAUUUGCCUGGAAAGCUGAUAGUCGAUUCAUCUAUUGUCAUUGUUAAAGGCAGUUACAGUUCAAAGUAUUUGCAAUAUAUAACAAUUCAAAACAAGGGCAAUUUUACAGUGGACAGCACUUUUGGUUCAAGCAGCUAUAUUUACUGUACAGAUUGUCUAGUUUACAACUAUGGCGCAAUGUUGUUAUCUACAGCUCGCUGGUAUCAAAGUUCAAGUUCGAUGUCACAGCGUGCAGAUGGAUUUCGAAAUGGAAUAGUUAACUAUGGUCAUGUUGUUGCUGAACUGCAGACAGCACCAUCAUAUAGCAACUAUUUCUACUUCUAUUGGGAUAUUCUUAACUAUGGCAAUUGGUCAGUCAUCUGUAAAUACAUGAGCAGCAACUGUUACUUCAGACAACGUGGAGUUCUUGCCAAUUACGGCCGACUUCGUUUCUAUAUGGUGUCUAUUUAUCUUGAAAAUUCUGGAAUGCCUGUUCAGUUAGCUCAAACAAAUGGUACAUGGGAAAUGUUUGGUCAGCCAUAUCGAUCCAACGAUCUCGAGCAACCACCUGGUUAUCAGAAACAAGGAGACUGGCAAGCUUACAUUGAUAACGUUUAUGAAAACAUCAGCAUGGGGUUUUGGAAUGUGGAUUACCAGUAUCGUCUUUAUCUUCGAUACUUAUAUAACGUGAAGUUGUACUUUAAUGACUUUCGUGCUUACGGUCGAAUCUUGAUACAAUCUUAUCAAUGCAGGCAAACUGAGCUAUAUUUUGAUACCAGACUUGACCUCGGUUUUCAGACUGAUUUAAACUUGCGCAAAUAUUCAUCUUCCACAGAUGGAAAUCUUUUAAUGUGUGGAUAUAACAGUAUAGUGACUUGGCGACAAAUUACCUUGGAGCAAGGAUGGAGUGUCAGCAUUGGAGAAAGUAGCAGCCUGACUUCAUCAGGUCGAGUUGCCAUUAAUGGGGGAGCGAGUUUGAAAGUUUCUACUGGCUCUUCUGUUGAUCUAAAAGAGUCAUUAGUUUCCCUUGUGGGAUCUGAACUUCAACUGGUAGGAUCUCAAGUAGUUGUUACUGAUUGGACUCACAAAGGAAGAGCUUUACUUGAUUCAUCAACAGUUGAAGUGAGAGGAAACCUUGAGUGGGAGCAAGGUUCACUGUCAUCAACCAAAUCGAGUCUACUAAAAAUCCAACGCAGUUGCUCUAUCUACGGCAACUUACUGAAAACACUUUCAGGAUUGGAUGUUUCGGUUGAAUCACUUAAACAAGGUGAGAUGUUGGGAAUUGUUGCCGAGUACUUUCAAUAUCGAGUGUCAACAUCAACGACAACGCGUCUCAAUGGUUUAUAUUACUUUCCUGGUGAAACUUCUUCAACAUCUUCAUAUGUGCUGCCUACAAAUUUUGAUACACCUAGCACAAAAGCCAAUGUCAUGAGGAUUGAGUCAUCUCUGAAACGUGUACCUCAAUAUUAUGGCAAUGCUCCUCUUGUGUAUGUGUCAGACUCAAUAUCUUAUGAUUCAAACUCAGCAAAGUCGUUUACAUACAGAUAUGCAGCCAGGCUGUGGACUUACCUGAAGAUAGACAAAUCAGGCCAAUACACAUUCUAUUUUCAGACUGGUUAUGGUAUGCGUCUAAGGUUGUGGAUAGAUGACAAGAUAUUCAUCAGAACUCGCCAGUACCUCUAUUUCAGUCGGGAGGAAGAAUCGUCCAAGAUCACUCUUCAAGCUGGGUAUCACAAGUUGCGCAUAGACUACAUGCAAGAAUCAUCAUAUUGGACGUCUCGUGGUGGUAUCAUGUUGGUGUCUUAUAAAGGUCCUGGCAUUAGCAAACAGACUAUUCCAGAUAAUAAACUGUUUGCUGUCAGAGUUAUCAAUGGAAGCCUAACCGCAGCAGCUGUAAACUUGAAAUUGCUUACUAAUACAAAUGUGUGCAAAUCCAGCUUGCCACUGUCUUCCAUGCUAGAUGAUUAUAGUGCAAGUGUUAGCCACAUGUCCAUAGAAGGCACAGGAGUGUUGCUUACACAGAAUGGAGUCAACAUUACUAUCGGGAGGUCUGGCAUUCUUGACCUAAAGACCGACACAGACUGGCCCAAAGCUCCCACACAACGCACACAGCUGAAAGUAGAAGGGAUGGUGGUCAAGAGCAAGGGCAGUGGCAAGAUCAACUUAAACACAGAGUUUGAAGUGCUGUCAUCAACAGGCUGUCUCAAGUCUGUCUCAGGAACAUUGGAACCUGGCAUUAAGAAAGGUACUGUGGUGACUGGUGCUCCCAUCACAGUUAAUUCCUCCACAACUGCUGCAGCAACUCAAGCCACAACAACUGCAGUUCCAGUUACUGCACCUCCUGGCAUAUUGUUGCUAUGGAAAGGUGGCAGUGGCCUAUGGGAAGACCCAACCAAAUGGAAUAAACGCAUACCAAACGUCAAUGAUAACAUACGCAUUCAAGCAUCUGUCUCUGAUCAAAUUACACUGACUAGUAUUGUGACAAUCAAGACACUAGACAUCAGUGGAGCACGACUUGUUGUGAUGCGUUCCAGUCAGCUGACUGUCACUGAUCGUUUUAUUCACUCAGCUGAACGACUAGACAUAUAUGGGGUAUUAUUGGUAAAAUCUUUCACUUGGUCAGGUCAGUACAUAUAUGGAGCAUCACAAAACACAGGUUCAGGUGUUUUUGGUGAGAUCACCGUCACUGACAAAAUGAUUAUACAGAAAGGUUCACAUGGUUACAAAACUCUCUAUGAUAUUAACUUGCAUUCUAAAACGAAUUUGACUGUUGAACAGACACUGGAGUCAUCAUCAAGUCUUACGUGCUCAAAUUGUAUCAUCGAUAUUGCCAAAGAUUCACUUUUUUUUCUUCCUGGUGUGAAUUUGUAUUCUGGCUCUACAAGCCAUCAGAGACCAACCCAAUCAGAUGGCUUCAGAUGGGGACUUAUCAACCAUGGCAAUGUUGUGAUGGCCAAUCAACGUUCAUCAUCAUGGAGGUGGGACACAAGAAACUAUGGCAACCUGACCAUUGUAUGUGUCUAUUACUCUAACACAUAUUCAGUAUCCUUCUAUGGAAAUGUGUUGUUCAACAAUGGCACAGUUAGUUCUUACUCAUCCAGCUUGUAUUUCAGUAGCAAUGUCAAACUCGUGUCAAAUGAAGGCAGCCUUCAUGUAUAUGGCAUUCCAGGCAUUUAUGCUUCCAACUACAACGUGAUACCAGGUUAUCGCAAGCCAUGGCUUUAUGAAGAAUACAUACACUACGUGUAUGAUAAUCAUACAUAUAUGCCAAUGAUCUGGGACUUGAAUCCAACACUAUACAUUCAAUUUUCAUCCUUCAACAGGAAAGAAAUAGUUGUUCUAGAUCUACGGACAUAUGGGAAAGUCAACUUAUAUCUUUCCGGUUGGCAGCACAGUCAGAUGGUGGUAAGUGGCAACUUGUACAUGUCUCCCGAAUCAAUGGUUCAGUUAGGUAGCUAUGGAUCAUCUUCAUCCUAUACCAACAACACAUUAUCUGUUGGAGAGAACGCUACUACAGUAGUGUUUGGAAAUGUUUAUAUUGGCUCUCCAGGUUACGAACUGCAAGUAAAUCCUAGAAGAGUGAAUGUCACAUUUAGAAAAGUCAAAAUCAGUGGACGCUUUGUUGUAAACAGUUUCUCUGUCACUGUGACUCAUGAACUGGUGAUUGGUCCCAGUGGGAUAGUUGUGGCUAAAGACAACCCUUCAGAUGAUAUCAAAAUGUUUCAGCUUCAAAGUCUGCAAGCAAUGGGACCUGCUGUGUUCAAGUCUUCUAGUGUCACUGUGCUGGACAGAUUGUUGUGGAAACAAAGUUACAUUGAGGGUAACAACACGUUAAUGUACAUUAGAGGAAUUGGUGAAAUUUCUGGUAAUCGUGGCAAAACAUUGGAUGGAAUCAACGUGAUCAUCGAAUCUCCAAGUACGGUAUGUCCCAAAUCAGGAGUGAUUGCAGAGUAUUUUCAGUAUCGUGUUGCAACUGCCACUACCCCCGUAAUAAGUUCAAUCAACAGCUAUUAUUAUCCAGGUAGUACAACCUCUAAUAAUGUGUUGCCACAACAGUUUGAUAACACAUCAGCAGUGCCCACCUACACAACUAUUGAGUCUGGCAUCUCACGAUUGCCCCAAUAUAAUGGCAAUGCUCCAUUAGUUUUCAAUGAUAACAACCCGAACAACAUUAAUUCUAGCUCUCCACUGUCGUUCACGUACAACUAUGCUGUAAGGCUGUUUACAUUUCUCAAGAUUGAUCAGACUGGAAAUUACAAAUUCUAUUUCAUCAGUGGUCGUGGUCGUGUUCGUCUUUGGAUUAAUGAUCAAGUCUAUUUUACUGGUCGGUCGUACACAAGCUUUAUGGAGGAAGAGAAGACCCAAGACAUCUAUCUGAGUGCAGGUUUUCAUAAAUUACGAGUGGACAAUUUCAUUAUUUCCAGUUACUGGAGCACGCGUGGCAACAUGCUGUAUGUUCUUUAUGAGGGUCCAGGAGUUACAAAACAGACUUUACCCGAGGACAAACAAUUCUUAUGCAAGGUCAAUGGUACAACUGGUAUGAAUGAUUAUGUUACUAGAAAUCCUCAAGAGUCAAGUUAUAUGAGCAUUGGAGGAAAAGGCUUGAUUUUGUCUAGAAACAAGGCGUCAGUAACAGUGAAGAAGUCAGGGCAACUGGAUUUUGUGGCCAACACAGUUUGGUAUUCAUCUGGUAACUUCUCGUCAACAUUCUAUAAUUAUGGUGUGAUAAGUAAGACUGGUCCAUUAGGCUCAGCCACUGUAUGUGGCUUGUACAAAAAUAAAGGUGGAACAUUGAUCCUCAACAGCGGAAAUAUUGACUUCAAACAUCCUUCUCAAGGAGGGUGUGGUCUUGUAUUUUGGAAUAAUUCUGCAGGUGGGGCUUGGAGCAAUCGCUACAACUGGGAUCCUGCACGUGUUCCUGAUGAGACUGAUCUGGUCUAUAUUACACUUUCUGGCUCUCCCAUUGUUGUUAUUCCUGGAUUGUACUAUGCUCGUGCCAACACUUUGAUUGUUGGCGGUGCUGACAGUAAUCCUCAACUAAGAGUAGAAUUGUAUGGCAAGCUCAAUGUGACUGAUCGAAUGGACAUCUAUUCUGACACAUUGAUUGUAAGAGGGACUGCUGACGUAGGACAACUCACGUGGAGUGGUAAAACCAUUGAAUCUGGUUCAACUUCAGCAACUGAUUUGGGUGUGAUCUACAUCCAUGAAAAUUUUAAUAUUCUCAGGGGAGCUAUAAGCAACAAAUACAUCAAUAAUAUGCACAUCAUAAGCAAAGGAAAUCUGACAGUUGAUAUGUCUUUGUAUGGAGCCACUAUACAAGGAGCAUCUUCCAAACUGAGCAACUUGGGUUACAUGUUGACUAUUCCUAUUUCUCUUCAACAAAGUGGGCAGCAAGUCGUGUUGGAAAACAAUGGCACUUUAGCUAUAGACAUGAGAACACGAUCAACAUCAUGGUAUUGGGAUGUGGUCAACAAUGGAAAUUUUGUACUUUAUUGUGCUUACUGUAUGCAAGGCAGUUCAUACUACCUUAGCUUCUAUGGAAAAGUAGACAACAAAGCAGUUAUUACAAGUUAUGGAGCCAGCUUGAAUAUAUAUGGCACUUACUCGGGUAAGCACUAUCUUGGAGCAGUGGUUGUGAAGGGUAUUCCAUCGUGGAAGAGUGGAACCCAGAACCCACAUUUGCAAGCGUAUGGAAAUUGGAGUGAACAUGUCAAUGAGCUGUACAGAGAACCUGUAUUGUGGGAUAUACGAUAUCAAACUAGUGUAAACUUCAACGUUCGUAGUCCAGAUGGAUACAGAUUUGAUUCGUACAGAACCUAUGGAAAUGUUUACACGACAGUUAGGUAUUCAACAGCACAAAGUGACAGUCCUGCGUUGGUGUUCUACAAAGAGCUUAUCGCCUCAAAAGAAUCAACUUUGUACUUCCAGUCAACAAGCUACAAGCCACAGAUUGCAUUUGGAGAUGGAGCAUCUGUACUUGUAGAUUGUCUUCGUAUGCAAGGGGGAUGGAUUAUGAAUUUGACUGGUGCUAACUUUACAGCUGCUAGAUACACAGUUUUGGAAUCUGACAGUCAGUUGGUAUCUAAUAGAUCAGCUGAUGUCCUCAAUCUAAAGGGAUCUGUAUCUCUACAGCACAGUUCAGUCUUUUCGGUAUCUCGCAGGGAUGUGAAGAUAGACGGAGCAAUGUCAUUGGCUGGAACCCUAGAAGUAAACAAUGGCAUUGGAGACAUUACAGAGCAGCUUACAUGGACAGAUGGCACUUUAAAAGGAAUUCACGGACAACUAAACCUUCAUGGAGGAGGUGCUAUAUCUAGUGAUUUUGUCAAGACAAUGGAUGGAAUUACUGUGAAGCUGGAAGUGCCAAAGAGGAAAGUGGACUACUCUGGUGUUGUGGCUGAAUUUUUUCAGUAUCGAUUGCCUACUGCUCUGACUCCUCAGAUAAGCAGCAUCUCAUCCUAUUAUGUUCCUGGCUCAUUAAGUUCAUCUGGGUAUCUUCCUAAACACUUUGAUAAUUUGACCUACACUCCCAAUAUUGUACGACUUGACUCAUCUUUGACUCACCUCUCAACCAGGUGGGGCAAUGGUCCCAUCAAGUACCUUACAUCUGGCUAUGGAGUUGACUAUUCAUCUCCUGAAUCAUUUACAUACAACUAUGCUGUUCGAUAUCUAACCUUCCUAAACAUUGUCACUAGUGGCAUGUACAGAUUCUACUUCGUUAGUGGAAGAGGUCGAGUUCGUCUGUGGAUUGAUGAUAAAAAGACAUUCGAAGGAAGAUCAUACACUAGUUUUCUUGAGGAGCAACAAACUAGUUAUUACAACCUCUAUGCUGGAUACCAUAAAUUACGUGUUGAUCUGUUUGUGACAUCCAGCUAUUGGAAUUCAUAUGGAAGCAUGAUUAUUGUCAAACUGGAAGGACCUGACACUCCAAAGCAAAUUCUGUCAGCUCAGAACUUAACUUAUGCAUACCAAAAUGGCUCUAACUGGGUUUAUGCUAGUGAUCACAUGCCUGAUGGGAGGUCAGACAGUGUGCUGUCAUUUGCAGGAGAAGGAUUGGUUGUUGCUAAGUCAGGAUCUGUUCUUAACGUCACGUCAUCAGGAAGUCUACAAAUUCUGGAUGAUGUCAUUUACUACUCACAUUCAGCACUAGGCGCCACUGCUCGAAUAAUCAAUUCUGGUGUUAUUAACAAGACUGGUGAUGCUGGUAUAGCCACGUUUUAUGCUGUUUAUGACAAUCAAGGUGGUCAGCUGGUUGAGACUAUGGGUGACAUAGAAUUCUUAGAUGCAGACAUGCAUGGUGGAGUAGCUUUGUGGAACAAUCCGAAUGGUGGGAGUUUCCUAGAUGCAACGAACUGGGUUCCACCAAGAGUACCUCAGGCAACUGAUAUUGUCUAUGUCACUCUUGCUGGUACAUAUAAACUCAUAAUUACUAGUCCAACACCUCUCACUGUUCGAUCUCUAAUAUUGGGUGCCUCAAAAAGCACACCAGAUGUGUUGAUUGAGCAUCUUACUACCUUGGUGGUAACUCACCGUCUAGACAUUCACACUGACCAAGUUGAGCUGCAGGGAUCCAUAAUUGCAAGUCAUCUGAGUUGGAGUGGAUCGUUCAUAAGGGGCACUGCUGGUAUCGGUAAGGCCUCUAUCAUAGCCCAAAAAACAAUUGUUAUAUUCCGUGGAAACUUCGCAAACAAACAACUGAGUAUGGUUGACCUAUCUAACUAUGGAAAUAUGACGAUUGACCAAACGAUGGAUAACGGACAGAUCUAUUGCCAGGGCUGCCGCGUACGGAAUGAACAGGAUGCUCAUAUCAUCUCUUAUAGGUGUAAUCUAUAUGGCUCUACAAAUGGAGCUUCUCCCGAUGAUGACGGUUUUGUGUAUGGUCUGAUCAAUUAUGGUGUAUUUACUCAAAUAUGGGCUACAAGUACAUCGUCCGUUAACAUGAGGUGGCAUUUGAGAAACUAUGGACGAAUUAUCUGGCUCAACACUUAUUAUGGUUCCACACCUUCUGUAUACCUAAGAGAAGUGUUAAUCAAUAAUGGUGCUAUCGAGUCAUACAUGGUGUCCCUCUACUUCUAUUCUGCCAAACUUCCUUCUUCCAAUGGAACUUGGAGUAUUUACAGCAUUCCAGCUAGGCAAUACAGAUUGAGAACCCCAUCUUGGACUUCAGAAGGAUACAAUGUAGGUCUUCAAUAUGACAAAUUCAUCUAUGACAUGUACCAUAAUGGCACAUUGGAUGUUUACAGACCAGGUGGGUUGUGGAAAUGCUGCUCUGUGGCAGUUUCCUUUAGCAGCAAUUAUGGCAGUGACAUUAGAUUUAACUCAUGGAAUACAUUUGGUUGGGUGACAAUGUCCUUUUCUUCAAAUAGUUAUGAUUCCAGAGUCUAUUUCGAUGGUACAAUAAAUCUGUCUGAGAACACUGAAUUUCAAACGUACAGCUCGACGAGCACAAGGAAUAACACAAUAACAAUAGGAAGCCACGGCAGGACGCAACUGGGACGUCUGACAUAUCUUUCGCGUGGUUGGACGCUUUUGGUAAAAGAAAACGCAACAUUAGUCUCUCUAGGUGAUGUGUCUUCAGUACUUGACUCAUACAUCAACAUCAGUAGAGGACCCGACAUUGUGAUAGCUGGACAACUGAUUGUUCAAGACUCUGCGCGUUUGAACGUCGAUAAUCGGCGCAUCAUAGUCAAGGAUGGACUCUACGUGGCCUCCCAUAUCAACUUGACUAAUUCCCAAAUCGUCUCAGAGAGAAUGAUGCGUUGGACUAAAGGAGAAAUUAAAGGACCGUCUGGUCACGUGUUUGCUCAAGGAGGAGUGGACGUAUAUGAUCAGUACUUCAAGACUCUCAAUGGUGCCACUUUGUCUCUUGACGCGAAACAGUGGCACUCACGUUCAGGUGUUAUCGCUGAAUACUUCCAAUACCGCGUCCAGACGGAUAGAACUCCUCGACGAAGCUCUCUGUAUAGAUAUUAUUCCGGUUGCCCGACAUGCAGUAACUCCGUUCCACAGGCGUUUGAUGACCCUAUGACUGCAUCAAACGUAGCUCGAAUCGAAAAGAACGUGAACCGUAAACCUCGACGUUACGGACACGGUCCUCUGGUGUAUGAUCAAUCAGGUCGUAGUAUUGAUUACUCUUCAGCUGGAAGCUUUACAUACAACUACGCUGUUAGAUUCUCAGCGUUCUUCCGUGUUUGGUACCCUGGAAUGCAUGAUUUCUAUUUUCUGACUGGACGGGGACCAGUCCGCCUGUGGAUUGACGGUAAUAUAAAAUUCACUGGUAGAAGUUAUACAGGUUUCCUAGAAGAGCAGAAAACGAGUGUUUAUUUGACUGAGGGAUAUCAUUUACUACGCAUUGACAACAUUCAGACAUCCUCUAGCUGGAGUUUUGAGAGGAACUUGCUGAUCGUGUCUCACUCGUCCGCUUGCAUUCCCAAACAACCCUUGUCUGAUGAGAAUCUCUACUACAAGAUUGUAAUAAAUGGAUAUGAGCACUUCGCUUCUCCUGCUUUCAAAAGACUCAACGAAUCGAGCGUUUGUUCACUGAAUGACUCGCUCAAGGAUUUGGAGUCUUACAAUAUGGGUGUCAGUUACGGUAGGGUGCGAGGCAGUGGUCUGUUCUUGCCUAUAAACGGCUCUGCAAUCUUUGUGGAGCGCACUGGUGUUCUUGACAUUCGUUCAGACAACAGUUGGGGGUACGACUCAUCGCAAGGAAACAGGACCUACUUGAGCGUGUCUGGAUUGAUUGGAAAAUCUGACGGAAGUGCAGACGUUGGUCUCAAUUGCCUUUUCAACGAUGCUGGAGGAUGCAGAAAGGUGGAGAAAGGCUCCCUCGAUCUCGGAAUUGCAGGAUUUUUAGCCGCGUCUCUUCCACCCCCAGCACCCACACCCACCAAAACAACUCCUGUUGUUAGCCAACCCUUGUGUGUCUCAACUGCUCCUCCGACAACUGAGCUUGUAACAACCACGCAACCUCCAACAACCACACAACCUCCAACAACCACACAACCUCCAACAACUACACAACCUAUUGCAACCACCAGGGUACCUUCUACGUCUUCUCCAACCACCUUUAUGCCAACUACUGGUGCUAUUACUACUGCUGCACAGUCGUCUGCAUCGUCAGGAUUACCUACUUCUGCUGUUACUUCUAGGGUAACACGGAAGACAACUACAGUACCACAAGUCAUCACCAGUAGAGGUGCAACCUGUAAUACACCGCCUUGUGUUGUCGGUACCACAGAGCGAAAGCAACAAGGAACAAUCAGCCAUGGGCCUGCUGCUACUAAUUCUGCUGGUCAUUUUACGCGUAGCGAAUCAACAUACGCAGCGUCAAGGUCAGGAGCGGUAUCAUGGCCUACUGAUCGAUCACUCGGCACUGAAACUGGAGUGAAAGCAUCGCCUACAAUGUCUACGGAAGCUUCCGCUCCGUCUGAUCCAAAUGACUGGAGUUCUGAAGAUGUUUAUGAAUAUAUUGUUCAUCUUUAUGGUGGAAAGUAUUCACAGUAUGCCCGUGAUUUCUCUCAGUAUAAUGGCCAUGACCUUCUCACGCUCAAUGAAGAUCAGUUUAGAUCAAUAGUUCCCGGUGAUGCAGGCACAGCAAUUUACAAUGCUUUGAAAGGAAAAGAAAGAGACGCAAAAUCUACAAACUCAGACAGUGGAAGUGGACUCAGUGUGGCUGUCAUUGCUGGACUAGGAAUUGGAGGUGUUCUUAUACUAAUUGUUGGAACUGUUGUUACCUACAAGUUGAUAGCGACUACAAGAAGAAAAAGAAGAGGAAGCUCCCUUACGAGAUUUGACAAUGAAGUGCCAAGUGCUCCAACAACACAACAGCAUCACUUUGCUAAUCCUCUCUUCGACCAAGCAGAGAUUAUUGAGCAACACCCACAACUGUUUCCGUUUGGUGCACCUGUGCCAUCUUCCGCUUCACCUCCAAGCGGGAAUCCUAACAUCUCACCAUCAUUAAACGUUUAUGAGCCUCUAGAAGAGUAUAGACCGUCUCUUGAAGCUCCAAACCUUGAUGAUCCAGAGUAUGGUGUGAUUCUUGGAAGUUCACCUGAUGCUGGCUACAGUACAUUGGGUAUGCACAAAACUUACAAAAGUUCCGGGGAAGACUCACUCUAUGAUAACCCCAAUGAGGUCAGUCUCAAGUAGGAGACUGCCCGUCACAAACAACAGCUGAAUGCCCUUAGCAAUAAAAUAUAGCUGCGUUUGCUGCAUUUUAAUGUCUAUUUUAUAGCCUUUUUACAUGUUUGCUGCAUUUUAAUGUCUAUUUUAUAGCUUUUUUACAUGUUUGCUGCAUUUUAAUGUCUAUUUUAUAGCCUUUUGACAUGUUUGCAGAUUAUUUUAUCAAGUCUA